AUCCAUCACGUGGUUUGUGUCAACUCCAGCCUCACGCGUUCUUUGAAGGUGAACAGUCGCGUGAUACACACUGGGGACUCGGUGUCAACACUAAACUCAAUAUGCAGAACCUCGGAUUAAUAUUUGUGUUACUAUUAUUUGUAAACGUGGUGUGUGGUGUUGAGACAGAAGUUGUGGAGGCGGUGUCUGUGAUUUUGGGAGAUUCUGUCACUCUACAGUCAGAAGUGACCCAAAUACAGAGCAAUGAUGUGAUUGAGUGGAGGUUUAGUGGACAUCGCAUUGCUAUAAUCAAUAGUGACCGCAAUAACAAAGUACAGGCUGAAGUUACUGAGAAAAUCAGAGACAACCUGCAGCUGGACCAUCAGACCGGAGAUCUCAAGAUCAGAAACAUCAGAACCGCAGACUGUGGACUCUAUGAACUUGAUAUCAACAGCGCCAGAGGGUCAUCAAAAACAUCCUUCAGUAUCAGUGGUGUGGCGUCGGAUGACAUGAAGGUUGUGUUGGUGAUGGAGAGAGACUCUGUCAUUCUACCCUCGGGUCUAUCUGAAAUACAGAGAGAAGAUCAGAUUACCUGGAAGUUUAAAGACACACUCAUAGCUAAAAUAAAUGAAACCGCUGGAAUCUUCUCUACAUAUGAUGAUGUUCUUGAUGGGAGAUUCAGAUACAGACUGCAUCUGACCAAUCAGACUGGAUCGCUGAUCGUCACUAACGUCAAACCCAACAUCUCUGGACUUUAUGAAAUUAACAUCAGCAAGAGCAGCAGCAGAUACACCACGCACAAGACGUUCAAUGUGACUUCCAAGGAAGGAGAAAGCAGGCAGUCUGCGACGGAGGGAAAUUCUGUCACGCUACUAUCUGGUGUUUCUGAAAUACACAGCGAUGACGUGAUCGUAUGGAGGUCUGAGCAUGGAGACUCUAUCAUAGCGAAAAUCGAUAGAGGGAAGGUCUUCACUACGCUGGACGGAGCUGAUGGGAGAUACAGCGGCACACUGGAGCUGGACAGUAAGACCGGAUCUCUGACCAUCAGGCACAUCAGAACUGAACACGCUGGACUUUAUCACCUGGAUAUCACCGGCCAGCGGCGCACAAUAUUCAAGAGAUUCUUUAUUUCUGUCUGUUCACAGAACUGGUUUCGAUAUGUUAUGGUGGUAAUUGUUGUUGCUGUUUUGCUGUUGGUCGUGAUUGGAGCUAUUGCUGUGAUUCGUUGUCGUCAAACACAAAAUGUUAACGGCUCUGUAAUAUGAGAGCAUUGUUUUGAUCGUGUUCAAUCCCACUGGAGGAGGAAACGAAAUCCAGCUAAAAAUAUGCACCAAGCUCAACCAGCUUUUGUACCAUGACCUUUUCAAAAGGAAUAAUUUAAUUAAUUAAAAUAAUGUUGCUUUGAUGUAUGAUCAAUAUUCAAGCCCU